AUGGCGACCUCCUUUCAAGAAGAACCGUUUAGGUUCCCUAUAGAUGCUUUCCUUUCGCAAGCCCAGCGCCCAUUCAAUUACAACCUGCAGAACGAGAAUCUGUUCCCGAUUGAGCAUUUCUUACCCUUCCGAAGAGGAGGACCUGCUGCUGCAAGGUCUUUCUCUGCCAUGCAGCCAGCACUUGGACUGAUUUCGAGAAUCAUCCUAACACGACCCAGCACCUUUGGAAUCUUUGUGAAGCGUGCAGAAGCUGGCUCUGAGGAUGUUUUCCUCGACGAUAGUACCGAGAUUCCUGUUCCUGACGAUGAAAUCAUUACGGCUAUCAAAACUCAUAUGCAUUUCUUUGAGCUGAGCUCAGACCCGAUGUCGAGUUUUUCCGAAACCAUAUUCAACCCAAAAUCCACCAGGGACACUGUAUGCCUCGAUUACUCUCUAGUCGAGGCACUUCAUUUCGAAAACGACGGCAGCAACUCAAAACCCCCAAUGCUUUUCUUUCUAGCCGCUCUCAUUGGUCACGAGAUUGCACAUAUCCUCGAAUUCCGGUGUAUUCGUUCGGGGCGCCUGAAUGGUGAUAACGCUUUUGUUACGCCUCCGGGCCUAACUUGCCGGGAGGCAGGAACUGCGUGGGAGGUCCGCACUUUUGGGGGGGGAAGAUAA